UCGGCCCGCAGUCAAGGAGGAGCUUCUCACGCCUCGGGUAAUCCUCUUAUCCGGACCCUAAACUGUUACCCCGAGAAAAAGCGGCCUUCGAACCCGGACAUUGAUGAUUAGGGGCCCAGUGCGAUCUGUCUACAUAUCUGUCAGCGCCUUAUCCCUCCCCUAUACCGGAAUUUCUACAAAGCUUUGCAGGAGCGGGACUGUCCAUUAAGUGGCAUUGGACUGAAACUGACAAACAGCCUGAGUUGACAGUCACCGGCCCCUAUAAUAGACCUGACACCGGCUCACAUCACCUGGUUGCCUGUCUGCACCGACCAGCUUGGGGUGCUCGUUCUGGCCCACUUCAUCUACCUGGGCUGGAUCGGGAGCUCCUCACCUGUUAGUACCGACCACACAGACAGCUCUCCUUACCGGAACCGUAAUGCUACUGCGUUCGGUAGUAAACCGCUCGAUCCAUACGGUAUAAAGUAGCCGAAUCAUUUUAAUUCCAAUUCUGUAAACGGCGACAGAAGCUUCCGUAACUUUACACAAUUUAAGAUCUCUGGGAUUCGUCGCAUUUCUCUGAUCACAACUGGCACCAGAACUCCAUCAUUUAACAGUAUCUAACACGAGUCAUCUACCGGACGUAAAAUAACCCAACAUGUCUAAGGAUGAGCGAGCCACGGAGAUCCUGAAAGGAUUCAAACUAAAUUGGAUGAAUCUUCGUGAUGCUGAAACAGGGAAAAUCUUGUGGCAAGGAACAGAAGAUCUGUCUGUCCCAGAUGUGGAGCAUGAAGCUCGCGUACCCAAGAAAAUUCUAAAAUGUAAGGCUGUGUCCAGGGAGCUAAACUUCUCAUCUGCACAGCAGAUGGAGAAAUUCAGGCUAGAGCAGAAAGUCUACUUUAAGGGCCAGUGCCUAGAAGAAUGGUUCUUUGAGUUCGGCUUUGUGAUCCCUAAUUCAAUGAACACCUGGCAAUCUUUAAUAGAGGCUGCACCUGAAUCUCAGAUGAUGCCAGCAAAUGUUUUAACUGGUAACGUCGUCAUAGAAACAAAGUUCUACGAUGAUGACCUCCUUGUUAGUACUUCCAAGGUCAGGCUCUUCUACGUUUGAAGAAGGAAUUUUCUGGAUUCCACCCAUUUUUUUUCUUUUCCAUGUUUCCAUAUUUUAUUUUAUUUUUUGAGAC